UAUAAAUCUGUGCUCCACUCCUCAUCAUCUUCUUCAUCCCAUCUGCUAGCAAACCCAACCAACCCUAGCUUGAGCACCACACAAACUGCUAGGCUAGCUAGCUAGUGUAACAGAUCGAUAGCUGCGCGCCAUGGCUGCACCAGCUUCCUCCACCUCGUCUCUUCUCCUAGUGUUGGUGAUACUGCUCGCAGCAGCGCUGAUCAGCCACUCAUCAGCCAAUGCCUGGCCUGCUAGUAGCUCCGGCUCCGGCGGCGGCGGCGGCGGCCUCAGCGCCGGAUUCUACGACGAGACGUGCCCCAGCGCGCAGGACGUGGUGCGGCGCGUGAUCCAGGACGCCCGCGUCGCCGACCCGCGCAUCCCGGCCUCCCUCAUCCGCCUCCACUUCCACGACUGCUUCGUCAACGGCUGCGACGCCUCCAUCCUCCUCGACGAGGACCUGCCGUCCGGGAUCCACACCGAGAAGCGCGUCCCGGCCAACGACAACUCCGCCCGGGGGUUCGACGUCGUCGACGACAUCAAGUGCGAGCUCGACAAGGCAUGCCCGGGCGUCGUCUCCUGCGCCGACAUCCUCGCCAUCGCCGCCCAGGUCUCCGUACACCUCGCCGGCGGCCCGCGCUGGCGCGUCCAGCUCGGCCGCCGCGACGCCACCGCCACCAACAUCCCCAGCGCCGACAACCUCCCCGGCUUCACCGACACGCUCGAGGACCUCGUCGCCAAGUUCGACGCCGUCGGCCUCGACCACGGCGACCUCGUGGCGCUCCAGGGCGCCCACACGUUCGGGCGGGCGCAGUGCCUGUUCACGCGGGAGAACUGCACGGCGGGGCAGCCGGACGACGCGCUGGAGAACCUGGACCCGGUCACCCCCGACGUGUUCGACAACAACUACUACGGCAGCCUCCUCCGCGGCACCGCCAAGCUCCCCUCCGACCAGGUCAUGCUCUCUGACGACCCCUACGCCGCCGCCACCACCGCGCCCUUCGUCCGCCGCUUCGCUGGCAGCCAGAAGAGCUUCUUCAGGAGCUUCGCGGCGUCGAUGAUCAAGAUGGGGAACAUCAGCCCGCUCACCGGGAUGGACGGACAGAUCAGGCAAAACUGCCGCAGGAUCAACACCUAUUACUAGCCUAUCUCAUCGAUCAUACAUUCCAUUCCAUGUCCAUGCAUGAUCGAGUUUAACUUUACUCAUCUUUUUACUUGUGUCCAUAAUUAAUUCAUUAUUUUCCUCUCAUUCAUGACCAAUUGUAAGUCUACAACAUGUAAAGUGUUCCCCGAUCUUCAUUUUCCAUGUCAACCAACUAUAAACAUGAUAUUUUAUUUAUUUACUAUUUCCAAAGGGUUCCAUACUCAAUAUCUCGUAUAAUUCAAGAAUGUACAAAGGUUUUUGGCGUUCCUAUGAAAGUGUUUCACACUAUUUUUUGAUUACAUGGUAGAGAUUUUUUGAUUACAUGGUAGAGACACAUACACCACUACACAAAACACUGUACUCGCACACCCAUGAAUACAUC